CUGUAAAAUCAUGAAAUUUUGUCGUUGCUAAGGAGACGCCUCUGUUGACCUUUUAAUCAAGCAGUUUACCGCAAAGUUUGGUUAGCCUGACUUCGGCGCACAAAAUAACUCAUACGUACAUUUAUUCACUAGAGUAAGCAGUCUACUUACAAGUCUAGAAUGAUUUUAUCGAUCUGGCCUCUUCCUUUAUUCACAAUGCAUAUACUGUUCCCGCUGCUUUGUUUGCUUAUAUCAUUCCGGAAUAAUGCCAGCACAUGUCCGGUGCAAAAAGGAUUUAGUCGUGAAUUCAUUAUACAACUGUUGGAUGAAGGCAUCCGAAGUGGUCAAAACGGCGUAAUCCCGCUACAUUUACAAGGCACUUCAGCAGCUGUAGAAAUUGUACCGAAACCGCUGUCUACUGAAAACAUCAUAAGAGCUGCAGAAGGUGAAACAGUGCAGCUGCACUGCAAUGGUAGCGGCAUGUCGACUUCCUGGAAUUCGGAAGAUUUUCCAUCGCAGGUAUGGCUAGACAGCAAACCGCUCAACUUCAGUUUCACUGGUGCAAUUCGACCAUUCGGACAAAGUGUCAGGCGAUGCAGCUGUCAUGGCAAUCUCAAUGGUUCCAUCAUCUCAGGCAAAAUGGAACUGCUAACGAAUCCGUUAACGGGAUCUAUGACAGUUGACUUAAUCGAGCUGACCCAUCUGCAUGCCGGGAAGUAUGAAUGUGUCCAGUACAAUGGCAGCCAGUUUGUGGUCACCCAGACAUUCUUAGUCAGUCCGCAGCUAAUUCCCUCGCAGGUUUUUAAACCGCCAAUGGUCCACGUAACAGCGCGAGUUGGUGAAGCUGCGGAAUUUGCCUGUGUCGUCCAGUUCCGAGCAGCGGCAGGUAGCUUGGAAAAUCGUUUUAUCUGGAGGAGCGAAGAUCAUGUAAUAUAUGCUCCAGGAAUCCCUGAAUACAGACUGGGUUUAUCGAUGAAGGAUGACUCGGAUGUAUCUGUAUGGACAACAUCUGAUGGCAUUUGCCAUUGUAAUUCUACACUGACGAUCUAUAAAGUCAAAAUAAAUCAUGCCGGUAGUUACCAGUGCUGGUUCAAGAUCGAUGACCUUUUUCAGGAAUGGGUGAUGCAAGAAGCUUAUCUCACCGUGAUUCGCUAAUUACUGACGGUCUGACUACAACACAGCAAUAAUGCAUAAAACACGCAGUAAUUGUGUGUCCGGCUUGUGUGAUAUACUGCCCUUUCGACUGAAUCCGUUCCAUAACUUUCUUGCAGUUCUGCGGGGGUUUUAAGUUUUAACAAUUCUUGCAGCCUGACUGGGGUUUUAAAUUUUAUCAAAUGCUUAGAUGUUGAUUUUCUCGUGAAUGAUGUCUAUGUUCCUGGCUGGGGUCCUCUCGGGUUGUGUUGUGCUGCCAUCUCUGCUUUUGUUUUUCAAAUUAUCCUGUUCGUAUAGAUUUUUUUUGUGCAGCAGCUAAACUUCUUUCUGUUCCAUUCGAAUGAUUACUUGUAGUAGACUGGUACGAUGCCAAAUAGGUAGGUUUAUAAAA